AUGGAAGAGAAGAAGAAAUGUGCAAGAGAUGUUGAUGAUAUUGAUGGCUAUGGAAACGACACCGUAUACUCUGAGAACCAAACACUCGAUUGGAAUGACAGAUUGUAUCUCAAUGUGAAGCCUGAGAACAAGAGGAAGAUGAAAGUGUGGCCUGAAAAGCCUACAAAUUUUAGGCAAAUUUUGCUAGAUAUUACAGCCAAAUUAGAGAAUGUUAAUGAAAUUGUGUUCAAGGCCAUGGCAAAAUCACUGGGUUUGGAAGAAGACUGUCUCUUAAAACAGUAUGGAGAGAAUCCAAUAGCUCUUGCAAGAUUCAACUUAUAUCCUCCAUGCCCUACACCUGAUCUUGUUCUUGCUGCCAAAGCACAUGGAGAUGCAUCUGCAAUGACUUAUCUCUUGCAAGAUAAAGAAGUUGAAGGUCUUCAAGCCCUUAAAGAUGAUAAAUGGUACAAAGUUCGGAUUGUUCCGAAUGCUAUUGUUGUUAACGUUGGCGACCAAGUUGAGAUAAUGACUAAUGGCAUAUUCAAGAGCCCAAUUCAUAGGGUUGCAACAAAUCGAGAAAGAGAGAGGAUGACAAUUGCUGUUUUCUUCACUCCUGACGCAACCAGUGAAGGAAGAGGCCCAUUGAUGCUCUCAAAAUUUGAUGCCGAAAGUAAUUUAAGGCUUAAAUCUGAGUUACUGCAGCUGAAUAUUUUACUUGGCAUUGAGCAGCGGGAUGCAACUUUAUCAUAA